ACAGUAGGAAGUAGAGUGAAACUGGGGCAGUGACCGCGUCCAGCGGAGCGCCUGACGGGAGGAGGCGUGACCCUCGCGGGUCAUAUGAGCGUCAUCAGCGGCGCUGGGGCCAGAGAGCAGCGGGGACACCGGAGCGCCAUGUCACCGGCUGACAGCAGCACCCUGCCGGGAUGAAUGAGGGGAAAUUAACCGCAGCAUCCAGGCUGUGACCACCGCACCCACAGCUGAGACUGUGAGUGGGUGAACUCCUUCGGCCACUUGGUGAUCUGUGAAGUUAAAUUCUCUCUCACUGACAUCUGUGUGCUGAUAUAACGGUGAAACCGCUUUGUUCCUGCCUCCGAAUUCAGACCAGCAAGACUAAAUUCACCCCGACCCCGUUCCCUGCCUAAUGACGUCCAAAUCAGCUCUCCUGAAGGUGAUCCUUCUGGGUGACGGCGGCGUCGGCAAGUCAUCGCUCAUGAACCGCUACGUCAGCAACAAGUUUGACUCGCACCUCUUCCACACCAUUGGCGUGGAGUUCCUCAACAAGGAGCUGGAGGUGGACGGCCGCCACGUCACUCUGCAGAUCUGGGACACGGCGGGUCAGGAGCGCUUCCGAAGCCUCCGCACGCCUUUCUACCGCGGCUCUGACUGCUGCCUGCUCACCUUCAGCAUGGACGACGGACAGAGCUUCCACAACUUGGCCAACUGGAAGAAGGAGUUCAAUUAUUACGCUGAUGUAAAGGACCCCAACAACUUCCCGUUUGUGGUGGUGGCCAACAAACUGGAUGUGCCCGAGCGGCAGGUGUCGGGGGAGGACGCGCGACGGUGGUGCCGUGAGAACGGCGGCCACCCGUACUUUGAGACAAGCGCCAAGGAUGCGACAAAUGUGGCAUCGGCCUUUGAGGAGGCGGCGCGUCGCGUCCUGGCGUUGGACGACAGAGCCGAUCACCUGAUCCACACCAACACGGUGGACCUGCAGAGGAAGAGUCCCUCUGACUCCACCUGCUGCUGAGCUGCUUGCUCACUGUGAUCAUGUGAUGCUUCUGCCACAGCUGGACGGGUCUGAGUUCAUGACUCUGUGAAAGAGGACGUGGUGUUUGUUCUGUGAUGCCCACAAAUACAUUUUGACAAUAAUCCGUACUUUUAAGCAGAUAUUGAUAUUUUUAGACAAAAACUGUUAACAUUUUGUGCCAAUAUUUAACAAUUUCACCACACGGGGUACACAGAACUGUCAACACAGCCUUCCCGACUGAUUCAGACUUCACUUAUGUGGUUAUUAAUUCAUAGUUUCUUAUACAGUAUGUUUUUGCAGGUUUCAUAGAUUUAUUUGUGGUCAGUGAUGAACCUUGAUUGUGUCAGAGGUAACUGGCUGAAAUGGAUUUUUAAAUUAAAAGUUAAACUACGUCACUGAAAGUCGUAACAGUUCCCAAAACACAAAUGAUUUGAAACUGUCAAAGGGUUUUUGUUCCAACAGUUUUGACGUCACUGAUGCAGCUGUGGCUAGAAGUUGGAGCCCACAAAAAGAGAAGUCCUGAGAUUAUUUUGUGCCUGCAGAUACAGAACUCUGCAAGAACUAUACAACCAUGUUUACAAUGAAAAUAUUGGGAUCUAGUGCUCAUUGUCUCUAAACAGCCUACAAAACACUCGCAAAAUGAUUUUAAAGUCAACAAAUAACCAUUACAAAACAACUAAAUCGAACACAUGCUGUUAAAUGUUUUACAUCAUUAUUGAUUAUUGAGUUAUUAUCGGCUCAGAAACACAAAUACUCAAACUGUUGACAUACAGCAUAAAAGAAAGUCCCGAAAAUGUGGUCAAUCAAAUAAUAUAUAGGAAGUAAAUGUCGGCAAUUCCACGUCUCUGUGGUAAGAAAAUGAAUGAGAUGCAUUACUUUUAAUCACAUAGUUAACUAAAUUUAGUUGUUUCAAAUCAUUGUGCUCUGGAAGAGUGAUAGUGAUAAGCUAGAGGUCUUACAAUUGUUGAUUAGAAAUUGGUAAGACAAGUGAUGCAAUGAUGGAAUUCAGUGUUUCUCUAAAGAUGAUGUAUUUAAAUAUUUAUCAAUCACAACCCCUCCUCAGCUUGGAGAAGUGGAGCCCAUUGCUACUGACUUUUUUUUACACUGGAAAUAAAACAUCAGCCAGCAAUCAGACUGGAGGAAAAUG